UUUCAACCCAAUCCCCCAAAAAGAGUGUCAUAUGUGCCGAACGAAAAUGACGCAAAACCCCCCAAGUUACCCGCAAAACCAACGAAACAAUUAUGCGAAGCAACAUACCCAUAUAAGGCUCAAAACGAGGAUGAAAUAUCGUUCAAAGAAGGUGAUAUAAUAACUUUAAUUAGCAAAGAUAGCCAAGAUCCCGGCUGGUGGCAGGGCGAAUUGAACGGAAAAACUGGCUUUUUCCCGGACAAUUUUGUGGUACUUAUUUCUAGUGAUAAUAAAAGUAGCAGUAAGGAAGAGAAGAAAACUCAUUCGAAAGCAUUCCCCGAUACAGGUGCCAUAAAAUCAGUAGCUUCGCAACGAAAAUCCUUAGAACCCAAAUCGGAAAAAAUCGAUAAAAGCGACAGUGAUAGCGUUCCUAACAAAACACCUCCCGUUCCGAGCAAAAAACCCGUAGUUUCGAUCAAGAAGUCACCUUCGGGCUCCGGUGUCGGGUUCAUUUCAGAAAUUAAGAAAAAAAUUGUAGACGUCGUAGACGGAACGGCGAGUAGUCGAAUGGUGCACAAGGAGAAGGAGGUAGUGGUAGAAAAUACGGAUAAUGCUUUUGACCAAGUCGAAAGGAGACCGUUAUUGGCCGAUGUUCGUGCUGGCAGAGUCAAAGCUCCCGGUCGUCGUCCACCCACUACUAUAAUGCACAAAGAUGAUCCUACGACGAUGUCCAACGGAACCGUUGUCGAAUCGAACCACCACGAAUCGCAGACGAUAGAUAAUGAAGUCAAACCUCGUCUGCGCGAGUGGGAAAAACAUAAAGCGCCCUGGCUGGAGGAGAUGAAGCAGAACCAAGUCAAAAGAACUAUGACGACGUCGAUGGAGGGACAGGUAGUGGAAGAAGAAAGUAAGCCGUCGAAAACACCACCUGAAAAAGAAAAAGAGUUGGAUUCACCAAAAUCAAUGUCUCCCCUACAUCCGAAGCUGAAAACGCCGACAGAGUCAGAAAAACCGGAAAAAGGACCACCUCCUCCGAGACCAACCACUACACACAUAACAAAGGACAUUCCCCCAACACCUAGUCAACCUAUAGUCAUUCCGAAAGAACCUAUCCCUCCCAAAGUGUCUCCGAUGAAACCCGUUCCGUCGCCGAACGCCGGUUCCAAGAACGUCAGCACCACCGACAUCUUAGAGCGAUUGGAAGCGCUCGAAGAAGCGGUUAGGAGGCAAAACCAAACCAUCGAGGAGUUAAGGAAUAAACUGAUAGUGGAAACCGAAAUGAGGAUGUUCCUGCAGGAGAAAGUUAUGCAGAACGUGCAAGUUUAGGUGUCUUUAUUUUCCGCAGUGUGCGCCACGAAUUCUGCACAUUUUUGGUGAAACCUUUUAUUAUCCGAUUUUAUGCAAUAUUUCGUUACAAAGACAGGGUGUAGCGAAAAGGUUGAUGAUAAAGAAGUAAUAAUCAGAUGGUGCAAAAUCAGAUUUAUAAGAAUUUUUUAUUUUGGUAUUUUUUUAUUCAGACUUUUAUAACGGUCCUCGUAUAUAUUUUUAAAACAUGUUCAA